GGCGGCGCGGGGGAAGCUGGGAAGGAGGCGGGAGGUUCAAGGCAGCGGUGGCGGCCAUGGAGGAGAAGGCUGUGGUGGAGAAGCUCCAGCGGGUUACUUUAUGGCUAAAGAAAAUAUUUGGGGAUCAGCCCAUUCCACAAUAUGAAGUGAAUGCAUGGACCAUUGAUAUCUUGUAUGAGCUUGCUGAACACAAUGAAGCCAGGGAUAGGGAUGUUUCUUUGCUGAUAGAGGAUAUGAACCAGAAGGCAGCAGAAUAUGAAGUAGAAGCCAACUUUCUACAGGACGUUCUCACAGAAAUCCUGGGUUUUUCCUUAUCUAGUCUGUCCAGUGAGGGCAUCAGCUACCUAAAUGAGCUGGUAAACACUGCGAUGAUACUUGAAACAAAGGACACUUCUCUUGCCAGUUUCGCCUGUGCCAUCAACGAUCUGACUUCAGAUCUGCUUGCAGUAGAAUCAAAAAACAGAGAAAUGGAACUGGAAUUGACCAGCAUUAAGAAAAAACUAACUGCAGCGCUGAUGCUGGAAAAGCGGUUACAAGAGGACCUUAAAAAAACAGAGGAACAUUUGGAGGUAGAAAAAGCAAAAGCUGAGAGCCGAUCCCAGAACUUGAAGUUCCUGAAAGACAAAUCUGAGGAUUUCAAAAUCAGGAUCAAGGCUGCUGAGGAGCAGCUUGCUGCCACAGGGUUGGACCAGUCUUUGACCCAUCAAUCGUUAGUGAACCUGUCUGAGAAACUGGCUGAAUUAGAGAAAGAAGUUGUGCCUUUGAAGAAGGAACUGGAGUCCUACCUCGAUUUAACUCCUAAUCCUUCCCUUGCACAAGUGAAGAUUGAAGAAGCAAAACGAGAACUGGAUGCCUUGGAGGCCGAGUUCUCAUCACAGCUCGACAUGCUGACUCUUUCGAUGCCAGAGCCCAGCAAACUCCAAUUCACCUGAAGUGGCCUGUGUGGAAGAAGAUGUCCUUUCUAACUGUCUAUUUAUUUGCACUAGUAAAACCUAUUGGACUUCUAAAUGUACUUUUGCAGCUUUCUGCCUUUCUUGCUGCUGGAUGGCACACUUGUGACCUUUCAGCAAGCAUGUUCAUUUUUUAGGGUUUGUGUAGCGUGCAUUUGUAAAAAAAAAAAAAAAAAAAAAAAAAAAAAAAAAAAAAAAAAAAUCACCUAUUUUUCCAUAAAAUAAACUCCAAACACUCUUGUUUCCUUAAA